GGGUUACACAUCAAAUGGAUUGGAAUCAAGAAACCAAUUUUACUUAUGUUGAGAUGAGCCCCUUUGUGUCAACUAACAAAAUCAAGAAACUGAUUUUACUUAUGCAUGGAGAAGAAGACAACAAUCCAGGAACACUCACAAUGCAGGGGUCAAUUUGAAGUAUGUUAACAGAGUUGGAAAUGAUCUAAGUGGUUCAAGCAGCAAGGUUUCAGCAACAAAAUCUGGCAUUGGCAUGGUUAUCGUUGUGAAGAGGCUCAACCAGGAAGGUUACCAAGGUCAUAAGGAAUGGUUGGUGAUUUUGCACUAAAGAAGCAAAUGCUGGAUGACAGAAGAUUCUCCAAAACGCAUCUAAAUUUGCAACGCCGCCUGCAGGAUGAUGGAAUAUAUGAAGCUGUUGCAGGAAGUGACUUCGUCAUUAUCAGAGUUGCAUUUCUAGACAACUCUUCAAAGUACUACAUAAAUGACCGUAGAAGUAAUUUUACAGAGGUCACUAAGGAAUUGAAGGGAAAAGGAGUGGACUUGGACAACAAUCGGUUUUUGAUUCUUCAGGGUGAAGUUGAGCAAAUUUAUCUAAUGAAGCCAAAGGCUAGGAUGAAGGAUGUACCUGGCCAUAUGCGAGUGCACACAGACUUACUAAGAUUUGUACUUUCAACAUUAUUAUAAUUGUAAUUGUAAUCGUAAUUGAUUGAAUGAAGGAUUGUAAUUGAAUGAAUGAAUGAUUAUGC